CACCACCACACAACUAUUCAAAAUCAAAAGCAGACAUGGACAUUGUGAAAUAUUUUACAGUGUGAAUCAAUCUUAUUUUUUGCCAUUUAAAGACCACACUCCCGAGAAGAGUUCACUAUCAUCUGUGGAAGCCUCACCUACCCAAUCGCUGCCAACGCUCUCUGUUUCACCCCAAAGUUCAUCGUCAAGCUCCUCUAGCAGCCCAGGACUUGACACACAGUGGGACGUCAACUUUGAAAUUCCAUGGAGUAAAUUUCCUGAGGAAGUGAUGCAGGCUUUAGAGAGGGGAAAAAGGCCUGGCCCAAAACUAAGGAGGCAAAUGGAUUGUUGUGACUGAGAUGAUGCAAAAAUGCCCUCUUGUAGGUAAAAAGCAUUCAACUGACGUUGCAACAAAAAUGGUGGCAAAAUAUCGCAGUUCUCUCCAAGAUGUAAUAGAGGGUGAUAUUGUUGGAACAGGCUACCAUUCCCUUGUCAAACAGUUGCAAAACAGAAUUGAAAAUGUGAGGCGCACUUCGACACCCAAAAUAAGAAAAAGAAAACAUCAGACCGAUGACUCGGACCAAACAGACGAGAUCCCAUUAGAAGAUAGAGCAGCAAUGCAGGACACUUAUGGGUGCAUUAAAUGGAAUGUAAAAUUUCUGCCCCUUGAAGAAACUCAAGAGAGCCAGCAGCAAAGAUGGAAAAACUCAAGGUGAUGUUCCAACACUCUGAUGCCAAUCCAGAGGAGGUAAAAUGUUUAAUGAAGUCCACAUUUUACACACAGCGUCAACAUGUCAACCAGGGAAAAAGUAUCAAAUGCCUUAGAGAGGAGUGGCCGUUUUGGUUUGAUGAACUUGGCAUGUCAGUCCACUUUAUGGAACUCACUGGGAUUGACCUCAAAGAGACAUUCACACGAAAUUUGGAUUUGAAAGGAAAAAGGCUUCUCGACUACUUGACCACAGUUUGUGUCAACAAGAGCAAGAAAUUCCUUCAGAAUUAUGCAAGGCUUCAGAGGAAGCGGGGACUCCAGAGUGGCUGUUCAGAUGACGUGAUAGAGAUGACCCUGCUUCUGCUCAGCUACUUUGAUGAGAAGGAGGAGUCCAUGUUCUUCCAUGUAGAAGAUACAUGUCUGGCAGAAGAGGUCCAACUGGAGCAAGUGCCUCUGACACCCGUUGUUAUUGUCUGUGGACAGUCCUGCUAUUCCUCCACAAGGUACAUGCUGAGUCUGGAUCGGAACCUUAUUAACACAAACAUCUCCUCCUUCAUUUCUGCACUGUGCCUCAUGUUCGGGAGCUACUACUGUUUUAAUAUUCACUAUCCAUCUGAGCUGGCUUCAACUCUGGAGUUUCUUCAAAGGUGUUUUUUCUCAAUAAACCCAGAAAAAGGGUAGAAUAAAAACUCCAAGCGUCGUCUCAAUGUGAACCCUCGAGUCCUCACUCUGAUACAGGAACUCUCUGAUCACGAGUGGCGUUAAGCCAAAAUAUGGACUCUUUCUGUGGACUUGUGUUAAAUUCACAAUGUGUAUUAUGUUUAUUAAAGCACUAUAUAAUUUUUUUAACGGUUAAAAUGAGUUUUGUUUGAUAUUUCCUUGUUAAUUGUAUCAUUUAUUGAUGCACAAUAAGCAAUUAUUACAUGUAAAAAAUACAGGAAAUAGUCAAUUUUGCAUAACUGUUGUAUAUAAAUAAACAAGUUUUUUUUGUAGACUUAAGUUUUUAAUGUGAUUCAGCUGUGAUUUCAUUCACUGUUAAUCAAUUUACAUAUUGUGUCAGUAAAGUUAUCUACUGUGCUGCUGUAUUUUUUACAGGAAUUCUCUGGUAACCACAGCUGCCAGCGUUUUCCUGUAAAAACAACGGGUGUUUUUUAUAUAUAUAGAUGGAUAGAUAGAUAGAUAGAUAGAUAGAUAGAUAGAUAGAUAGAUAGAUAGAUAGAUAGAUAGAUAUUUUAUUAGGUUUUUAGGCUUUGUUUAACUUAAUGAGCUGCCGCUGAUAAAAAUGAUGUGGACUACGCUUUGUAUUUUGUGUGUAUAUAUAUGCAUGUAUAUUCAUGUAUACACACAAUACAAAGCGGGAAACGGCACUUUACGCCACGGAUCUGGAGACGAGGGCUGUGGGCUAGCCAGGGAAGAUUGGAGGGUGUGAACAAAGAACAUUAACUCAUUUCUUAAUAGCUCUCGAUUUUUUUUUCCCCUUCCGGUGUACGUGAGGAGAAACUUCGAUUUCUCGCAGUCGCUAAUUCGAGAGCUAGCGGCGCGGACGGUAAUUUUGCGAGGAAGACGAUGACGCCCCCCUCCCUCCACUCCUACCCCUUGACACGGCAGCCGUGUGAGCAGCCCCCGUCCGUAAUCAAUGCCAAUGGCUGCAAUUAAUGCUGAGAAAAGUGAGCAGAACACAAUCACUACUUCCUUCUUAUUAUUGUCAAUUAGAGAGCGCUAAUCAAGGCAUGGGCAGCACACGCCGCUGCUCUCUCCAAACGAAAUGUCAAACUUCAUUACAGCCGAGAGCGUGAAUCAAACUCCCUGCGCUCGCUGCCUCCUCCAGCUCCGCAGGGGAGACGUCUUCUCCGCCCCUAACCACGGCAGACUUCAGAUAAGAGCCACGCCGCUCAGCUCAAACUAGCUCAGCCGCUGCACGCUAAUCUAUAGGCUAACCCGAAUGUAGCCUAUAACCAGUUCGUCACAAUUUAUCGCUAUAGUUCCGAUAAUAUGACAAUUCGAUGCAUAAAAUGACCAGCAGAUACAUAUUUUUUAAAAUCUGCAUAGCAACAUGCUAGCAACCGAUCAGAAUGAAUAUGUAAAUAAGCAUUAUUUACGUAAUAUGAUCCCCAGAAUAAGAAAAUUACGUAGGAACUCCUUAGCAACACACUAACACCAAACCAGAACGAAUGUGAAUGAAUAUUCUAUGAAUGCACAUGAGAAAUCUACCUAGCAACCAUCCAGAAGACCCUAGCUACUACAUAGCAAUAUAUUAACUACUUAUAAGAAAAAAAAUUGUAUAAUGAUUUUAAGCAUACAAUGAUCAGCCAAGUAAGAAAAACUAGGGGUGCAACGGAUUGUACUCCAUUUAUUUUAUGCAGUAAGAAUUAUUAUAUUGUUUUCCAUUUAAUUAUUACAUUUCUGUAUCUGAAUACUAUGGUUACUCUUUGAUAGCCUACAAUUUUAUUUGUAGGCUGUUCAUCUAUGCUUGUAAUUUGUGCACUAGUUCUUGUUGUAUUACUGACUCUGGUAGUUAAGCUAGCAUUCUGAUCUGAAAAAAUAUCUUUUGCACCACUGCUAGUAACCACCAUAACACCCUAUCAAUGGCAUAGCAACCAACUAGAACAAAUGUGUAGAUGAAUACUUAGCAGCCACCUGGAACACCUUAGCAACACCCAAACAAGUGCGUAGACGACUACCUAACAACAAUUUAGAACACCUUAGCAACACCCAACCAACUAUCCAGAACACCCUAGCAACAUGCUAGCAACCAACCAGAACAAAUGUGGCAACAACCUAAAACAACUUAGCAUGUUGCUUUGCAGUUGCUAGGGUCUACUGGGUGGUUGCUUGAAUGUUGCUAUCAACCAAUCUAAACAAAUACAGAAAUUAUGAUUGUAUGCUUACAAUGAUGAUCAAUGGAGUAAGGCAACUAUGUAGCAGCCACCCAGAACACCUUAGCAACAGCCGAGCAACCAUCCAUAACAGUAACUGCUUAGCAACAUGACAGAAACUAAUCCGAAUAAAUGUGGAAUGCUACCUAACUACCUAACAACCACCAGAACACCCUAGCAACACCCUGAUAACCACCCCGAACACCCUAGCAACACCUUGGUAACCACGCUGAACGUCCUAACAACUGCAUUUUCCGAAAAUGUAAAAACCUGUUCUUUGGUAAAACCGUACAAAGUAAAACACUAGUGAAGUACACAACAUAAUUAAGAUACGUUUGAUACAUGCAGAGAAUACAAUUUCAAAACACACACACACACACACACACAC